AUGAAAGAUUUUUUUCACUUUGCCAUAAAUUUUCAUAAAAACUAUCUCUCUAUCUAUCAUUCUAUCUUUUUCUGCUUAUAUAUCUCUCUCUCAUUCUCUUCAUAUCUAUAUACCUAUCACAUUCCUUUCAUAUCUAUCUGUCUAUUUACCUAUCUAUCACAUUCUCUUCAUAUCUAUCUAUCCUAUACAUUUCACAUCUACCUAUCUAUCUAUCACAUUCUUUUCAUAUCUGUCUGUCUAUUUAUCUAUCUCAUUCUUUUCAUAUCUAUCUCAUUCUCUUCAUACCUAUCAUAUUAUCUCCAUAUCUAUUUCAAUCUCUCCAUAUCUAUCUAUCUAUCUAUCUAUCUAUCUAUCUAUCUAUCUAUCUAUCUUAUUCACUUCAUAUCUAUCUAUCUAUCUGUCUAUCUUAUUCUCUUCAUAUCUAUCUAUCUUCUAUCUAUCUAUCUAUCUAUCUAUCUAUCUAUCUUAUUCUCUUCAUAUCUAUCUUAUUCUCUUCAUAUCUAUCUAUCUAUCUAUCUAUCUAUCUAUCUAUCUAUCUUCACGUGUUGUGUGUGUGUUCGUAGCUACUUAUCUAAAACUGUUAGUCUGUAUUUACCAACCAAAUUUCUUCUUUUCUUCUUAUUUUCUUUCUUUUGUCUGUUUUUCUUUCUUUUCAUCUUCAAUUGUAUUCCUUUAUUUCUUUUCAUUUCUUUUCAUUUCCAAGUGUAUAUCUUUUUUCCUUCAUUUUCAAAUCUCUUUCUUACUUUUUCAUUUUUUGUUUUUCUUUCUUUUCAUUCAUUUUCGAUUGAAUUUCUUCUUUCCUUUUUUUCAUUUUCAAUGAUAAUUAUUGCCUUCUGUUUUUCUUUGUUUCUUUUUAUUAAUUUUCAAUUUUAUUUCUUUUUUUCUUUCCCUUCUAUUUUUUCUUUCAUUUCAUUCAUUUUCAUUUAUAUUUCUUUCUCUUAUUUUACUGAAUAUAUUGCUUCAUUUGAGUCAUGA